AUGUCAGACUACCUACCUUUUGAACUUCAAGUAGAAAUCAUUAAAAGACUUCCAGUUAAGCCAUUGCUUCAGUUUAGAUCUGUCUCAAAACGAUGGAAGACUUUAAUCGGCAGUUCUGAGUUUAUUGCUGCUUACAGCUUCGACCAUACUCAGCUAAACCGUCUUAUUGUAUGGUACGAAGAACAUGUCCCUCUAACACAAACUGGGAAAAAACUUGUUUCAAUUCUUGAUGAUGAGACUUUAAACUCGAUUUCUGCACACCAUGAGAUUGAUCCGACUGCUCUUGGGCUCUCUAAACCAUUCAAGGAUGUACGAGUGGUUGGAAGCUCUCAAGGGUUGUUGUGCUUAUAUGAUUUUCUUCAAGAUCCUUCUUGUCAUUAUUCUGGAACAUUGGUGGUUGUUCUUUGGAAUCCUUCGAUUAGAAAGUCGGUUGAUGUAGUUGUUCCUGGUGUGUUAGAUAUGAUGUUUGAACAUACUGUUCUUGGUUUUGGGGUUUGUCCUAUCACUAGUGACCCUACGAUUGUCAAGAUUAUAAACAUCAGCAAGAAAAUGAAACAAAGGGAUGGCGUCCCUUUCCUAGUUGAGGUUUUCACAUUAAGCACAGGUAAUUGGAGAGUAAUUCCUAGUAGCAAACUGCCUAAUAAACCUGUUGAAGUUACAUCGUAUCGGGUAGUUAUAGAUAAGUUUAUUUAUUGGUUUGUUUUCGAUGAUAUUGAUGAUAUGUUUGAUGUUGGUGCACAUAAGAUGAUUAUGUCAUUUGAUAUGACUACUCAAGAAUUUAGUCUGAUAGACUUACCUAAAAGUUUUGCACAUCUAUCUUCCACGUAUGUUUCCAUUUCUGAAGUAAGGGAUUCUCUUGUCGUGCUUGAAUACAAUCCCAACAGCGAGAAACAAGUUUGUGUUGUUUGGAUGAGGAGUCAUGGUGUUCCGAAUUUGUUUACAAAGAUGUUCACCCUUAUCACACCCUUUGAAUCAAUAAACAUUUUAGGAUUUAAGAAGAGUGGUGGACCGAUAAUGGAAAUGCUUAAUGAAAUCUGGGGGCCAGCUGCAUUGGUUUUCUGUGACCCGUAUUCAGAAGACUGUAAUUGUACCUCGAUAUUUGCAAAAUCUGGUUCCAUUUUUGUUGACUCAUACAAGGAGACCCUACUUUUGCUUGAUAAGGAUUCAAGUGUUUAUUCUAUCAAUAACUGA